ACUGGCCUGGCAGCCGGGAGAGCCCAGGGAACAAGGCCUCAGGGUCCUGGUUGCAAGAGCCCUUCUGGGCCCCCUCCCAGGUCUCCCAUCACAGAUAACUGUCUGAGAAGGAAGUGGAGGCUGUGGCUGGCAAGGUGCCUGGGCGGCAGAAGGAAGAACAGAGCAGGCUCCGCACAGCAGCGCGGUGGAGGCGGAUCUGAUCGUGUCAGCACAAAACACUUGAAAAUUCCAUCAAGUCUAAAGUGAAGCAGCUCACCCUCAGGCAGAACUGGAACCAUGAGCAACAAUGGAACAGACCUAACCAUCGGUUUCAUCUCCUCUUCUGCAGCCAUCCUUUUGUUUGGCUCAAACUAUGUGCCACUUAAAAAAUAUAACACUGGUGAUGGAAUGUUUCUCCAGUGGGUACUUUGUGCUGCCAUUUGGUUGGUUGCCUUGGUGGCCAACCUGAUAUUACAUUGCCCUAAGUUUUGGCCUUUUGCAAUGGUUGGGGGCUGUAUUUGGGCAACAGGGAACAUUGCUGUUGUCCCAAUUAUCAAAACCAUUGGUUUAGGCCUUGGACUCUUAAUCUGGGGAUCAUUUAAUGCCUUAACUGGUUGGGCAAGCUCAAGGUUUGGCUGGUUUGGAAUGGAUGCAGAAGAAGUAGCAAAACCACUGCUCAAUUACUUCGGAGCUGGGCUCUCAGUAGUAAGUGCCUUCAUAUUCUUCUUCAUCAAAACUGAAGUACCAAAGAACACAUAUUCUGUGGACACCACACCAUUAAUGACAGAGCAUGUGACCAAUGGCGAAACUCAAGAUCCCUGUCCUGGUUACUCCUGGGUGGACAACCUUUCCACCGUGCACUCCCGCAUAGUGGGCUGCAGUCUUGCAGUGAUAUCUGGAAUACUCUAUGGAUCAACGUUUGUGCCAGUCAUUUAUAUCAAGGACCACAGCAAAAGAAAUGACAGUGUAUAUUCAGGAGCAAGCCAAUAUGAUUUAGACUAUGUUUUUGCACACGCUAGUGGCAUCUUUCUUACAAGUACGGUCUACUUUCUGGCUUACUGUGUAACCAUGAAAAAUAAUCCUAAACUAUAUCCUGAAGCAAUCUUGCCAGGAUUUCUGUCAGGACUACUGUGGGCCAUAGCUUCCUGCUGUUGGUUCAUAGCUAAUCACUCCCUGAGUGCUGUGGUUAGUUUCCCGCUAAUCACUGCUGGUCCAGGAUUUGUAGCUGCGUUGUGGGGUGUCUUCAUAUUUAAGGAAAUACAGGGUCAGAAAAACUACCUAUUAAUGACAUUUGCAUUUUGCAUCAUCUUGACGGGAGCAUUAUGCACUGCUUUUUCUAAAAUCUAAGAAUCACACGACCAGCAGGUGGCAGCAGUGGUUAAGACAACGCCUCUACCGGACCCUAGUCAGAUUAUUCUGAGAACAGAGCUCAUUUUCAUACAGCAAAUGGAUCUCAACUCAUCUUGGAGUGGGUAAAUUAUAGUUUUCACAAGUGUGGGAAUGAAGAAAAACUGAUUUUCUGUCAAGUACGAGGUGACUAAAAUGUCUCCAUUCUUACAACAUUACAUCUAAGGGUGCCUCUUUGCCACAAUAUGUGUUUAUAAUGUUGCACAAGCCAGAAAACAGCGCGGAGUUCAUACAGAAAGAAUUCCGCGUACAUCCGAAUCUCCAGGAUAUUAUACUCGUUAAUGAAGGGCGGCAGAAAAGAGGAAGAGAAAGGGGUGGGGUUGGUGAGGGGAGAAGAGUUAGCUCACAGUGGAAUUAGAUUCCAAAGAUACCCGCAUCCUUUGCUAGAAAAAGUAAAUGUCAGCAUUGGUAGCUGAAUGUUAAAAAGGCCAUUUCAUUAUUUUUAGCCCAAACUUAUUUUUACUUCAAAUUAAUAUUGCCCCACUCUACAUCACUCACCCAUCUUACUUAGCUCAAAAUGCUUUUCAUUAUCUCCGAAUAAAAAUUCAUCUUCACAGAACAAAAAUUUCUCAUCAUUGAGAGUAUAAUACCGAUACAUAAUGUGCAAGGACAUAUAAACACACACGCUAUGUAUGUACUAUUCCAAAUUUGGGAGAAAUUCUAGAGGUACUGAAAAUGAGGUUGUAGCUUAUCAGAGAGAGUCCCAAGAGACCAAACACUCUUUGGGAGAUAUGUGUAUGUGUGUGUUUCCUAAAAAAAACCUUUUCUAAAAUCUUUCUUUUAACCAGAGGUUUUCUUCCUGUUUUCACUGGCGGCUUCUACUAGGCAAUGGAAAAUGACGGACAUGCUGGUUUUAUUUCUUUAAGAAAACUGAAAUGGAACUGUUUGUACAAUGUUCAUCACAAUGGUUCCCAAACUUUCAAAACAGUAUGACCCCUGGUGCAGUGUGUGCUUCACCCACCCCACCUGACAGUCCAGCACUUCGUUGUGCAGAAGAGACAGCACAGCGUUCUGCUGAAGCGUACACACUAUGGAUGGAGGUCACCUGUGUGGGUUUAAAUCUCCCCUCCGCUUCAUUGUACUUGGUUGGCUUCGGCUAAGUUUCUGAGUCCCAGCAUCAGAUGCCUUGUCCAUAAACCAGGGAGUCUGUCUGAACAGGCAUUUGCCAAACCUCUGCUUUUUGCUUACCUUAGGAAGUUAAUGUCUGUCUCUUUUGAAGCAUUGAGGUUUUAUUUUCCCUAGUCUAAUAUGAUUAAAUUCUUGUGUUUAUUUGAACUUUCUCUGGCUUGACUUUCUGCCUCUGUGCACGGAGAUGGUGAUGCGUUAAGGAGGGAGGCAGUAGCCCAAUGAGGCUGGCAUCCUCGUUAUGGGAAUUUCCUCCUAUCAGAACAAACAUCUCUAGCUCCUAAUGAGCUUUAAGAAAUUAAUACAGCAUUUCCCUUGAGUUAUCAA